CAAAGUGACGGGCCAUAGAGAGAGGGCUUCAGAGCUCCUCCUGCAUAUCGUAAUAGUACAGUCCAAUUCCAGGCGUCACCAACGGCGGGGACAGUACCAAUUGUGUGAAAGAGGGGGAACUGUCGCCUACUUUCUCCUUGGGGCCUUGUGAAGGGGUCAGCCUGCAUAGCGUUUCUGAGGAGGAAAGAGAAGCUGUCUGGGUGUCGAGGAUGGCAACUCGGCGUGCGAUAAAAGCUGUCUUGGUGGAUCUCAGUGGAACGCUUCAUAUAGAAGACUCAGCUGUGCCAGGAGCCCAGGAAGCUCUUAAAAAGCUGCGCAGCACUCCCCUUGCCAUCAGAUUUGUGACCAACACGACAAAGGAGUGCAAGCGAGACUUAUUGGAGAGACUGAAGAAACUUGAAUUUGACAUUAAGGAAGAUGAGAUCUUCACAUCUCUGACUGCAGCCCGAAAUUUGCUGGAGCAGAAGCAAGUCAGGCCUUUGUUGAUGGUGGAAGAAAAUGCUUUGCAUGAUUUUACAGGGAUAGAGACAAGUGAACCAGAUGCUGUAGUGAUUGGGCUGGCUCCUGACCACUUCAACUAUCAAACUAUGAACAAAGCUUUUAGGCUGGUGCUUGAUGGGGCGCCCCUCAUAGCCAUUCACAAAGCAAGGUAUUACCAGAAGAAAGAUGGCCUUGCCCUCGGCCCAGGACCGUUUGUGACAGGCCUGGAGUAUGCCACUGACCGGAAGGCCGUGGUGGUGGGGAAGCCAGAGCAAACUUUCUUCCUGGAGGCCUUGCGGGGUACCAACUGUGGACCUGAGGAGGCUGUCAUGAUUGGUGAUGACUGCAGGGAUGACAUUGGGGGUGCCCAGAAUGCUGGCAUGCUGGGAAUACUGGUGAAGACUGGGAAAUACCGAGAUGCUGAUGAAGGCAAAAUUAACCCACCCCCCUACUUGACCUGUGAGAGCUUUCCCCAUGCUGUCGAACACAUCCUCCAGCAUCUGCUGUAAAGAAGCGCCACAGCCCUUGAACGUCACCUGCCAGUGCCAGAAAACAAAACGGCCCACAGCAUCCUUUGCGGAGCAUUCGGCUUGCUUGGGGCAUCUCCUGCUGGACUUUGCCAUUUUGGGACGGUGUUGGAGCGAAUGCUCUCCCCCUAAAAUUUGCUCCCCCCGCACAAGAAGUUAUCCUGUCCAAAAGAAAGAAAUCUGUGCCCAGCCUUCCCAUCUGGCUUGCUUGGUUCCCAAGAGGGAAUGUGUGAGGUUGAAAGCAGAAGGAAAUACGUGGUUCGUCCUUAUAUGCAGCAUAGGGUGGCACACUCUGCAUUGCCAGUGAAAUGUCUGGGUCUGUUCUUACUGCACGACUGUCCGUCUUCAUGGAAAGAAGAAACAGUGUGCCCGAAGCCCAGACCUUGCUAAAUACCACUAAUAUACAAUGGGCUCACCUACCUUGCCCCAAGCUGGCAGCUUCUCAAUGUCUGAACAGUAGAAAGCGAGCACAUUUUUUAAGGUUCUUCCUUAGGUGGAGAUAGUUGACAUCUUUCAAAGUGGGCUGCUUUAAUGAAGAAGCCACUCCUAGGGCACUGUUAUACGUAUGUCUGGAAAUGCAGUAAAUGUAGCUUUGCCUGGCAUCUAGUGACGAGUACUUGGGAACUCCUUUUGAAAAGGGAUUAUUUCGGAAAGCAAAAGGAGUACAGCUUGGCAUGAUCUUGGUGGUCGUCUCAGCUCCCUAAAAGUUACUCAGUAGUUCUUGGUUUUCAUGGGGGUAACCUGAAGCAACCCAGAUGCUGUUAACAGUCAAUUCCCAGCAUCCCCAGGAAGCAUGACCAAGGAGAGGGUUGCU